UUAAUAUAUAAGGACGGGCUUCUCUGUACGUCGAGAGAGCGCAUUGGUCAUCCUUAAUAAUGCCGUCCUACGUAACAAUAAUGCCAGCGCUGCUGUUUCUGCUGGCGAAGCAAUCUAUGACUCAGGACAUCGUGCUCAAAAUUUUGCCUGGGCCAUCACAAAAGAACCUCACUGCAUACGAAUCCGAGAAUGACCAGUUAAUUGCGAAUAGUGAAGCGGCGUUGAAUGUCACACUAUCAGGAAAAGACUUUGAAGAAGAUCGCGAAGAACGUUUCUUUUUGCAAACUUAUCAGACGAUCACGAACACUAACGUUGUCUUGACGACGUCGACAGCAUUCGUUUCCUGCGUCGCGGCCAUGAAUUCUGCGGUCGACUGUACAGGCAGGAAGAGAAGGAAACGGUCAUUCGUGAAGAAACAAACUGCCGAUUCAUCGUCCGAGGCUAUCGAACUGGACUCAUCCAGCAUUGCAGGGUCAGACGGCACGGUUGACGUGACGGACGGCAAUCCACGUGGCCGGGCGGCCUUCACCAUAUGGACGGCGGUCGCCACAACCACGACCAUCACGACCAUUUUCACGGACUCCUCAACCACAGUCUCACUGUCGUACUUCUGUUCAGUCGGCUUCUUGACAGUCCCUGGUAACAGCUGUGUGGGAUGAAGCACUACAAUAUUCUUCGAGAUACUUUUUUAUUAUUUUUAAUGUUAUAUUUUUCCUUGGAAGCGUAAGGUAAAGUUAAAUUUUUGAAAAAUCUUGACACACAGCAAGAGAUAGAUAUUGCAUUUUCACUCGAAUUCCCAACAACGACACAACACAAUAUUCGAAAUGGUUCCACUGGCGCAGAGCUCAAGUUUGUAACGUUGGUAGUUUUAUGUGUACAGCGAUUAUCUUUUAUCAACUGAGAGGCAAUGAUACGCACACGCUCACUUUAAAUUAUUAAAGCAUAGCUUGGAAAUUAAAUUUAAUUUUGAAUUUGAAUACGAUACUUCUUUUAAUAAUAAAAUUUGAUUACGAUACUUCUUUUAAUAAUCUUAAAUUACUCAGCUUUCCAUCUGUUUUUAAUUUGCUUGCAAAAGUUAAUUGAAAUUUCCAGCACAAAGAAAUUGCUGCCAAGCAUUGUUCACAACGCCUCGACACUAAUGAUUAUUAAAAUAACGAUAUUUUACAACGUGAUAAUGAUGAUUACUUCACUAUAUGUACCACGCAUGAACACUUGAGACUGACAAAGUCAUGAUUUCUACUCUACCAAUCGAUCAUAAUAAUUUUUUUUCAAAAAUUUGAAAAAUAUUUUUCAAAAUA